UCCCACCGCCCCCCCGCGCCCCGGGGCUUGCGGGCGCCGCGCAGGGAUUCAUUUGUGAUGUUCUGCUGUGCUGUUGUAAGGAAGAGAAGAGAGUCCCUUGCACAUUGACAUUUGGAAAAUCUCCUGCUAAUGUUUUUCAAACUAACUGAAUUAUCAUAGAAAAUCAUCAUGGGAGGAGCUGUGAGUGCUGGGGAAGACAAUGAUGACUUAAUUGAUAAUUUAAAAGAAGCUCAGUAUAUCCGCACUGAGAGUGUGGAGCAAGCCUUCAGAGCAAUUGAUCGUGGCGAUUAUUAUCUGGAAGGAUACAGGGACAAUGCUUAUAAAGACUUGGCUUGGAAGCAUGGAAAUAUACAUUUAUCAGCACCUUGCAUUUACUCUGAAGUCAUGGAGGCUCUGAAGCUUCAACCAGGAUUGUCUUUUCUAAAUCUUGGUAGCGGAACUGGAUAUUUGAGUACAAUGGUGGGAUUAAUAUUAGGCCCUUUUGGAAUAAAUCAUGGAAUAGAGCUUCAUUCAGAUGUGGUAGAAUAUGCCAAGGAAAAAUUGGAGAGCUUCAUAAAAUAUAGUGAUAGCUUUGACAAGUUUGAGUUCUGUGAACCUGCCUUUGUGGUUGGUAAUUGUCUGGAAAUAGCGUCAGACAGUCAUCAAUAUGACCGGAUUUAUUGUGGAGCUGGAGUCCAGAAAGACCAUGAAAACUACAUGAAAAUUUUACUGAAAAUUGGAGGCAUUCUGGUUAUGCCUAUAGAAGAUCAGCUAACACAAAUUCUGAGAACUGGACAGAACACUUGGGAAAGUAAAAACAUUCUUGCUGUUUCAUUUGCUCCAUUAGUGCAACCAAACAGAAAUGACAAUGGCAAACAUGAUACUGUGGGACUGCCCGCUUGUGCUGUAAGGAAUCUUCAGGACCUAGCUCGGAUCUACAUUAGGCGUACCCUUAGAAACUUCAUAAAUGAGGAGAUGAAAGCUAAAGGUAUUAUUCAGAAGGCACCACCAAAACGAAAACGCAGAAGAUGCCGUAGGCGGAGGAUUAAUACCUACGUGUUUGUAGGCAAUCAACUCAUUCCUCAGCCUCUAGACAGUGAAGAAGAUGAAAAGAUGGAAGAAGAUAACAAAGAUGAUGACGAUAAAGAUCACAAUGAGGCCUUGAAGCCAGAGGAACCGCCUCGAAAUCUGCUGCGAGAGAAAAUUAUGAGUUUACCAUUACCUGAAUCUUUAAAAGCAUACUUGACCUACUAUAGGGAGAAAUAACUCCUUUUACAUAGAAAUGAUGAUGCCUACUGAUAGUUUAUUCUUAAAGAUGUAGCAUUUAUUAAAACAUAGAUGGACAAAUAUCAUUAGUCUUUCAUCAAGGCAGAAGUACAGUGAUAAAUUGUAACUUCUUGUCUUACAUUCAACAGUAGAAUCCCUUUUUAAAAAUCUAUUUUUCUUUAAAUUUUGAAAAAUGCUGUUUUAACUCUGAUAGAAAUAUAUAUUCCAAAGCAUUAUGCAGCACUAAUCAGUAUUUUGCAUGGUAAAUCUUUUUUGAUCCCUAACAGAUUUGUAUUGAUAAAAGGGUAAGUGAAAUUUUAUAUGUGCUAAAUAAUUGUUAAACAAAUGCAUCUGACUUGAUUAGUAGUUGUGUCUGCAUUCAUUCUUCGGGAACAUUUUAAACAUGCAGACAUUUCUCAUUUAAUAUUGAAACCUUUAAAAAUAAACUGUUAAAAGUUUAUUUUUGUCAUGGCUUUGUUGCAAUCACUAUUACUGUGUUGGUAUAGAUGUAUUCCAAGGAAUACACAAGUGCAAUAAUAACUGUAUACAGACAUUGAAUGAGCUGGCUUUAAUAAAAUGGGGAAAAUGCAAGUUCUAAAAUUACAGAUGCCCUUUCUACUUUUGCAUUUAUAUCUUUUUGCCAAAAGCUCUUGAAAAAAAAUGAUAUCUUCUUCCAGAGCCUUAAGGGAAUGUCAUGUGGAGUAUAACUCUGUACUAUCCUUACUACAACCCGUUUGUUUAACUUCAUACUACAUUUUCAGUACUUAAAGAAACAUUUUCUCGUUUCCAAGAGUUUUAAAAACAUAUUUAGUUUUUCUAAAGCUCACAGCAUAGAUACACAAUAUUUGGUAAUAAAAAAGAUUGUAAUUUAGAUUUCAAUUAUCUAUAUUUACUACUUUACUACUAGAGGUAGAAUAUGAAUAAAGUUUAGCUUGUAUUGCUUACUUGGAUAGUCGUAAUAGUAGAUUUAGAAUUUGUUCAGCAGAUGCACUUUAGUAAGUGGAUUUUGUACUUCAUCUAAAUAUUUAUCUCUGAAAAUGCAGGUUUGUGCUAGCCUAUAUUUGUUUUUGAACACAGCUACUUUUUAGCACAAAAAAUAUUCACAGAAUCAUAUGUAUCUUUUGGAAAUUGAGUAGCAGUGUAAACUUUGGGACCCAGAGCGUGCUCGUCUAAAUACUUCCCUUCCCUUUUCUCCUUCCCUUUCUGGUAAAGUUACUUGCAGUUUUCAUCUUGGGUUGAUGGAGUGCUUUGUUUGUUUUCACCCACUUAAUAUUUCAAGUUUCUUUUGUAGCAUAACCAUAAGGGAAAAUGCAGUUUAAGAACUUAGCAUGAUAUGCAGUAAAAGCCGUUGUUAUUGGAAACUUCUGUCUGUUAGAACCAAUGGAAAACAUUCCUCUUGAGAAAAUUCCAAUGACAUAUACUUACAGUUGUGGUAAUAUUAUUUAUUACAUCAAUUCAAUAUUGAAUAAUAAUAGAAAAAUCAUUCAGGAUAGUACCACUGCAGUUAAUAUUUUCAUAGAUGGACAUUUAUAACUAGCCACUAUAACGUGACCUAACAGUAAUGUUUUCCAAUAUUCACUUUUAAACGAUAGGUAUUUUAUUAGACCUGAUAAUAUUGUCCCGUUACAUUUUGAUCACCAAUUUUUUGACAGUGCAUUUCAUGCUAUCAUUGCCUUUUUUAAAAAGUAUGUCUUAGUCAUGUUGAAAAAGCAACUUUGUGGGAGGCCUGUUGUACCAGCAUGUGGAGUUUUUUCCCCACAGUAUAUUUACAAUAUGAAUAAGUAGAAUUGCUAUUGGAAAAGGGGUAUUUUGACCUUAUUUUCACAGUAAGAGAGCUUGGUAAGAAAUAGUUUGUUUUCCAAUACAGUGAUACUAAUGGAGUAAUUGUGAUGGUUCAGCUAUGGGAAACUGACUGUAAUUUUCUUAAAUAUUUUUUUUAGAUGGAAUUGAAAUUUUAGUAUCUGCAGUUUGAGAUGUUACAUGUUAUCUUUUCCCUUUCUCAGAAUCUGCAUCUAUAAGUUCAAAAGUUAAAUGUUACUAACUAUUUUCUUUAAGAACUUUAUAUAAGAUGCUUUUGACGAAUGACUUUCUGCUUUUUUCCACACUUUUAUUGUAUACUUGGAAAAUGGACAAUGGAUGAUUUGUCAUGAUUAUUCAGUAUGUAAUUUUUUUGAGUCACUGAAAGAAUGUUUCUUUUGUGUUUAUAUGUGGAUUUAUUUUACACUCUUAAAUUUAUAUUUACAUAAAUAAAAAGGUAGAAAUGCAAAAUAGAAAAAAUAAAUCUUUUGGCAUUUACUACUCAUGAUGGGGGACAUUAUUGCAAUAAAAUGUCUUUUGGUGGUUUAUGCUUGCUCAAACUCUUGUUUUCAUGGAAGUAUUUUUAUUGGUUUGACAUGCUUCAUUUUAGAUACCUUGAUAUUCAGAUCAUUAUUUAAUGGGAAAACAUGUUUUGAAUCUGAAAAAAAAAAUAAACGUUUUGUGGAUGA